CUAUACCAGCCCACCAACAUGUCAGCAGAGGAGGGCAGAGAUUCCGAUCAACUCGACGUCCUUCGUACAGAGCAAGAGCACCAUCCUCAUCAUGCACGCGGAGACGUCGGCGGCAGAUACGAGCAUGAUGAAGUUGAGCAUCUCAAAGCUGCCGAACGUGCAAGGCAAGAGACAAGUAUCACAGAGGAUGCAGGCCCAGUGCUUAUUGUCGUAAUGGGUGUAUCGGGAUGCGGAAAAUCUACGCUUGGUUCCGCUCUUGCACAUGCAUUCGGCAUCCCAUUCGUUGAUGCCGACGAGUUACACCCACAGUCAAAUAUCGAUAAGAUGUCCGCUGGCAUCCCCCUUACAGACGCCGACCGCCAUCCAUGGCUCGAGAGCGUCCGAGCCGAAGCUGUCCGUACAGUUGAGGAACAAACCCAUUCCCAAUCACAGCAAGACGGUCAGGGACUUAGAGGCGUAGUGGUAGGGUGCAGCGCCCUCAAGCGAUCGUAUCGUGAUACUCUCCGCGGUUACUCCACAGACACUCCACCUACCAAAUUACCCACGUAUUUCGUCCACAUCUCGGGAUCGCGUGAAGCCCUUUUGGAACGCAUGCAAAAUCGUAAAGGCCACUUCAUGAAAGCUGGCAUGCUUGACAGUCAGCUCGAUACACUCGAACCUCCCGGCGAAACGGGUGAACCGAACGUAGUCACCGUCGAACUUGAGCAGAGCGUUGAAGAGCAGAUUGCUCAAGCUAAAGACGGUCUAAGGGGCUUGGGACUGAAAGUGUGAAGUAACCUAUAAUUACACUAUGCACAUCAAAGUCAUCUAGAUUAAUUAAAGACUGGAUAGAUUCGCUUGAUUUCUUUAAUCGACAAGGUCCAAUGAAGAUGAGGCCC